UACCACCUAAAGAAAUAAAGAAAAGAAAAAACAAAAAGUAAAAGCGAGGCUUCGAAGAGCUCCGCCGCAAGGGUGAACAAAGAAAUUGCAGUUUCACCUUCCUCCUUCGGCUGAGCAUAAAAACCCAUUUGAACAAGAGAGAAAGUAAUAUAGUUUCGGAAAAAUUUACCUGAAAAAAUGGCUAAUGCUCUCGUAAACAGAGCAGCUACAGUGAAUCAGUCCACGAAUUUCUUCAGGGCAUCUUUCAGUUUCCUCAGAAAUCUGAGCACUGCAACACCAACUAAGGAUCCUUCUACCGAAUCGUCUGCUGAUGGACCUAAGAAGCCCAAAAGGAAGAAGAAGAAGAAUCUUUUUGAGGUGGCUCAGUUUCUACCCAAUUGGGGUCUCGGUUAUCACAUGGCCAAGACUCAUUGGGCCAAUGUCUCCUAUGAAAUCACAAAAAUCAAUCUUUAUAAGGAUGGUAGACACGGUAAGGCUUGGGGACUUGCUUAUAGAGAUGGUUUACCAAUUGCUGACGCUCCCAAGAAAAUAAGUGGCGUACAUAAGAGGUGCUGGAAGUACAUUGCAAAUUUGAAGAAACCAGAGGGAAGUCUUGAUCAAAUAAAGAAAACCGAAGAAAGUACCCCUAAUCCAGAUGUUCAAGCUGCUUGAAGCUGUUUCCUCAACUGUUUUAGCAUUGGAAUCUUCAAUCUCAUUACAAAUUUGUUUUGUUUUGCUUGUGGUGCCAUAAUGCCAAUGAAGUAGCAUUCAAUGAAAGCUUCAGGCUGUUGUCUUUUACCAUGAAGUUAUAGCAACUGGUGCCUUAAGAAAGAACUGAUGGAAAUCUGUGGACACAUUUUCAGAUAUUUUAAAGUUUUUAAUGAUAGACAUUUUUUUUUAAAUUAG